UAACACAGCAGCACGAGGGAGCACAGUGUCUCCGAGACACUGUCACAAAGAUGGUCUCUCCUGCCAUCGCUCUGGCCUUCAUCCCGUUUCUGAUGACUCUCAUCAUUCGUUACCGCCACUACUUCCUGCUGUUCUGGCGGGCAGUAAUUCUCCGGAAGAUUCAGGACUACACAACUGGCCUGUCCAGGGAAGAGAGGGCCUUCCAGUAUGUGAUGACGCACAGCAUUCCCGGGGACCUGGAAAACAUCCUCAGCACCUUCGACACAUGGUGCUAUCGUUCGGAAUACCUGAGCAACGUUGGGCCAGAGAAAGGGAAGAUCUUGGAACGCCUGAUCUCUGAGACUGUUCCCUUAACUGUGCUGGAACUAGGGACUUACUGUGGUUACUCAGCUCUCCGUAUGGCCAGGAACCUGUCCCUCAGUGCCAGGCUCUACACCGUGGAGAUGGACAAGGGGAAUGCAGCAGUGGCUGAGAAAAUAAUCCGCCUGGCAGGAUUCGACGAGGACAUGGUGGAGCAGAUCAUUGGUCCAACGGAUGAAAUAAUCCCUCAGUUGAGAGAGAGGUUUGGAGUGGAUAAGUUUGAUUUUGUUUUUAUGAACCAUUGGAAACGCUGCUACCUCAGGGACCUGCAGUUACUGGAAGACUAUGACCUGCUGCAAGAGGGAAGUAUUGUAGUGGCAGACAAUGUGAUCUUCACUGGAGCUCCCCACUUCAUGCAGUACGCCAAGAGCUGUGGUAAAUACAGCUGGAAAAUCCACCGCACACACCUCGAGUAUUUCCGACAUAUCCGAGACGGAAUGGCAGAACUAACCUACAUUGGGCUCAAGGGAGGGACAUAACAGCAGGUCCUUCAGGGAUUGAAAGCACAGUUCCGACAGAGGAAAAGCAGAAUGUUUGAGACUGAGGAAGUGUUCUUAGAUUCAAUCCUGUCCCAUCAUCUCCCUUCAAUUCCCCUUUCAACCCAUGUCAUUGAGUCAAAGUCCCUCAAUCCCCACCCUCUCCCCGUGUCCCUCAAUCCCCACUCUCUCCCCUUAUCACUCAAUCCCCACCCUCUCCCUGUGUCCCUCAAUCCCCACCUCUCCAUGUGUCCCUCAAACCCCACCCUCUCCCCGUGUCCCUCAAUCCCCACUCUCUCCCCUUAUCACUCAAUCCCCACCCUCUCCCUGUGUCCCUCAAUCCCCACCUCUCCAUGUGUCCCUCAAACCCCACCCUGUCCAUGUGUCCCUCAAUACCCACCCUCUCCCCGUGUCCCUCAAUCCCCAUUCUCUCCCCUUAUCACUCAAUCACCACCCUCUCCCCAUGUUCCUCAAUCCCCAC